AGCCAGCAGGAAGUCCGGCGGGGAGGAUGGCUGUGUUGCCGAAGGUCCUGUAGUGGGGUCCCAGGUGGGAUCCAGGUCUUCCCUGUCUUUGGGCCGCAGGCUCCCUCCAGCAGCAGGGGCCAAACGGCGGCGGCGAAGCUCCGCAGCCAUGCACGACGCUUUCGAGCCGGUGCCGAUCCUGGAAAAGCUUCCCCUGCAAAUCGACUGCCUGGCUGCCUGGGAGGAAUGGCUUCUUGUUGGAACCAAACAAGGACAUCUCCUUCUUUACAGGAUUCGGAAGGAUGUUGUGCCAGCAGAUGUAGCCUCACCUGAAAGUGGCAGUUGUAACAGGUUUGAGGUAACACUAGAGAAGUCCAAUAAGAACUUUUCCAAAAAGAUCCAGCAGAUCCAUGUGGUUUCCCAGUUUAAGAUUCUAGUCAGCUUGUUAGAAAACAACAUUUAUGUCCAUGACUUGCUGACAUUUCAACAAAUCACUACAGUUUCAAAAGCCAAGGGGGCGUCAUUGUUCACCUGUGACCUCCAGCACACUGAGACCGGUGAGGAGGUGUUGCGGAUGUGUGUGGCCGUGAGAAAGAAGCUGCAGCUGUACUUCUGGAAGGACAGGGAAUUCCAUGAACUGCAGGGGGACUUUAGUGUACCUGAUGUGCCCAAGUCCAUGGCAUGGUGUGAAAAUUCUAUCUGUGUUGGCUUCAAGAGAGACUACUACCUGAUCAGGGUGGAUGGAAAGGGGUCCAUCAAAGAGCUCUUCCCAACAGGAAAGCAGCUGGAGCCCUUGGUCGCGCCUCUGGCAGAUGGAAAAGUGGCCGUGGGUCAAGAUGAUCUCACUGUGGUACUCAACGAGGAAGGCAUCUGCACACAGAAAUGCGCCCUGAACUGGACAGACAUCCCAGUGGCCAUGGAGCACCAGCCCCCAUACAUCAUUGCAGUGUUGCCCCGAUACGUGGAGAUCCGAACCCUCGAACCAAGGCUUCUGGUUCAGAGCACUGAGUUGCAAAGGCCCCGCUUCAUUACCUCAGGGGGAUCAAACAUUAUCUAUGUGGCCAGCAAUCAUUUUGUUUGGAGACUCAUUCCUGUCCCCAUGGCAACUCAAAUCCAACAGCUUCUCCAGGACAAGCAGUUUGAACUGGCUCUGCAACUCGCAGAAAUGAAAGAUGACUCAGACAGUGAGAAGCAGCAGCAAAUCCAUCACAUUAAGAACUUGUAUGCCUUCAACCUCUUCUGCCAGAAGCGCUUUGAUGAAUCCAUGCAGGUCUUUGCUAAACUUGGCACAGAUCCCACCCAUGUGAUGGGCUUGUACCCUGACCUGCUCCCCACGGACUACAGGAAGCAGCUGCAGUACCCCAACCCACUGCCCACACUCUCUGGUGCCGAAUUGGAGAAGGCUCACUUAGCUCUCAUUGACUACCUGACACAGAAACGGAGUCAGUUGGUAAAGAAGCUGAAUGACUCGGAUCAUCAGUCCAGCACCUCCCCACUCAUGGAAGGCACUCCCACCAUCAAGUCCAAGAAGAAGUUACUACAGAUCAUCGACACCACUCUGCUCAAGUGCUACCUUCAUACAAAUGUGGCCCUGGUGGCUCCUUUGCUACGCCUGGAGAACAACCACUGUCACAUUGAGGAAAGUGAGCAUGUGCUAAAGAAGGCUCACAAGUACAGUGAACUCAUCAUCCUGUACGAGAAGAAGGGGCUUCAUGAGAAAGCUCUGCAGGUGCUAGUGGACCAGUCCAAGAAAGCAAACUCACCUCUGAAAGGCCACGAGAGGACGGUGCAGUAUCUGCAGCACUUGGGCACAGAAAACCUACAUUUGAUUUUUUCCUACUCGGUUUGGGUGUUGAGAGACUUCCCAGAAGAUGGCCUGAAGAUAUUCACCGAAGACCUCCCGGAGGUGGAGUCUCUGCCACGAGAUCGAGUGCUCAACUUCUUAAUAGAGAAUUUCAAGGGUCUGGCCAUUCCUUACCUGGAGCAUGUCAUCCACGUGUGGGAGGAGACGGGCUCACGGUUCCACAACUGUCUGAUCCAGCUGUACUGUGAGAAAGUACAGAGUCUGAUGAAAGACUACCUUCUGUCCCUGCCCACAGGCAAAAGUCCCGUCCCUGCUGGAGAGGAAAUGGGCGAGCUGGGAGAAUACCGACAGAAACUGCUCAUGUUCUUGGAGAUUUCCAGCUACUAUGACCCAGGCCGGCUCAUCUGUGAUUUUCCCUUUGAUGGCCUCUUAGAAGAAAGAGCUCUCCUGUUGGGACGAAUGGGGAAGCACGAACAAGCCCUCUUCAUCUAUGUCCACAUCUUGAAGGACACAAAGAUGGCUAAGGAGUACUGCCACAAACACUACGACCAAAACAAAGAAGGCAACAAAGAUGUAUAUUUGUCCCUGCUUCGGAUGUACCUGUCACCCCCCAGCAUCCACUGCCUGGGGCCAAUCAAACUGGAGCUGCUGGAGCCACAGGCCAACCUCCAGGCUGCCCUGCAGGUCCUGGAGCUGCACUACAGCAAAUUAGAUACCACCAAGGCGAUCAACCUUCUACCGGCAAACACUCAGAUCAAUGACAUACGCAUCUUUUUAGAAAAGGUCUUGGAAGAAAAUGCACAAAAGAAACGAUUCAAUCAAGUGCUCAAGAACCUUCUCCAUGCCGAGUUCCUGAGAGUUCAGGAAGAGCGGAUUUUACACCAGCAGGUGAAGUGCAUCAUCACCGAGGAGAAAGUGUGCAUGGUGUGCAAGAAGAAGAUUGGGAACAGUGCAUUUGCAAGAUACCCAAAUGGAGUGGUUGUGCACUACUUCUGUUCCAAAGAGGUCAACUCAGCCGACACCUGAGCUGAGCAUCCUAAGGACUCAGCAGUGGACAGCUUGGCUUUCCCAGAGAGUUGAAGGAGCAGCCACAUUAGGAACCAGGGACCUUUACCACCAAGUCUCCCUCAUUUGGACAUUGCUGGCUGCCAUGCUCCCUGGAACAUCUCUGAAUUAACUGGACUUGUGACCUGGCAUUGCUGGCUUUUUCCUAGAAAAAGAUUAGUUAUAUCUUACACUGUUAUGUUGCAGACAAUCCCAGGAAUUUAACCCCUGCUUGGACAGGAGGAAAUGCACCGUCUUGCCUUUGUAUACCAGUCACCUGGACAAGGAGAUUUCAUCUCAAGUGUUUGUACCCAUGGGGUUGUUGAUUGAGAGUUUUCUAUUAUGAUAACUACACAGCUUCAUAAGACCCCUACCCCACCCCCACCCCCAGCAUGGCAGCCCAUGGGACCCUGGUACUAGAGCUCUCCAGCCCCACUGACCAAACAGGCUCACUGUCUAUAUACUGCUGGUGGUUUCUCCAAGGAGCUGUGCCCUAUGUCCUCUUAUGUCCUCUCUGUGCUUAUCCCUUUAGUUUCCAGUCUCCUUUUCUUCACUAUUUAUUUUGCCCCUUAAUUUCUUCCCUUGCUACACCACCCAUGCUCUCCCACUCUGUAGACUGAAGGGGAGAGAGUAACUAAUAUUUAAAUGAGGUAAAAUGGGAAGCCGCAGUCUGGGUUUCCAGGAGUGCACUGCUAAGCGGUUAUCAGGUACGUUGUAUGAAGGUUCUCAGAGCUGAGCUUUUCUACUAAGGUGCAUGGGGAGCACAAGUCUGCAGGCGCAGGCUUUGGUACCUCCCUGGCCAGCACUGCACAGGGUCUGUGGUCUCCUGGGCAGGAUCUCUGUAGUAGUGCCUGCUCCAGCCACUCACCAGCUGCUUGGACAGGUUGCUGAGUCUUUGUGGGUGAGCCUUUGUGGGUGAGCUCUUUGUGGGUGAGCCUUUGUGGGUGAGCUCUUUGUGGGUGAGCUCUUUGUGCUUGGAGCACCUUCCUCUUUCCUAGCCACUUUCUGUCCUGUUGCUUUUCCUGGCCAUCGUUGGUUGUUCCCUGGCCUUCUUUUUUUUUUUUUUUUUUUUUUUUUGGAGGAUUGCUCUAGGAUAAGGUGGUAAUGUGGGUCUCCACUGCACACAGGGAACAAAAGACCAGAAACUGACAGUAGUGAGAUAUGUGUUUGUGAGGCAUUGAGGAAUGGCAAACAGUGAUGCAGGAGGAAGCUGGAUGUCUACUGUGUCUGUUGAGCCUGUCUGGGAGCCCGCAAGAGGUGUGUGGGACCUUCUGACAUUGGAGGCUAUGGGCACAAGGCACACACAUGCACAGACAUAUAUGCAGGCAAAACACCCAUACACGUAAGAUUAAAAAAAAAAGAGCAGUGUUGCCCACGAUCCCAUCUGCACCUUCCUCAUGAGCAGCCCUAGGGUACCAGGCCUCUCCCCCCCAGGACAGGAACUUGCCCCAUCAUAUGAGCCCUGCCUCUUGCCUGGUGAGCUUAUAGCAUCCUUUCUCGCCGACUGUAUUUGAAGCAGUAGAAUAAAGCCUGUGUUUUUCCCUGGA